UCUGAAAAAAGAAAUUAUAAUCAAAAACGCAUUUUGUCGAAUUCACAUUCCAAAAAAGAAAAUUAUCAAAGAGCAUCAGGAACUACUGAUUUUAAACCAGACCAAGAAGAGUUACAAUUUAACCGAAUGUGUAUUUUCACAGCUCCCAAUACCUUUAUAAGUUGCUUUACUUUUAACAACCCACUAUGGGGAUAUGAUAAAGUUGGAUUAAAUUCACAA